AUGAUACACCACUGCUGCAGUUUCUUGGUGAGGCCGCUACUGCUUCUGCUGAUGUUAUUGAUGAUGUUUGUAGUUGUGGUAGUGGCUGAACGUGACGUACGAGAAGAAUCCUCUGGACUUUCUUGUCCGGUUGGAUGGACAUCGUCUCCAUUGUGGUUAACUCCAAAUGAUAACGCAACGUGGUGUGUAAAACCACAAGCGUCUCUAGUAACACCACUCGAGGUAGACGGGGCGUGUAAACAUAUAUUUGAUGUGGAUUCACCACGUGAUAGUAGCGGAAAUGUAUACACAAAAUUAAUACCCCAAGCAGUUUCUAUUUACUCUGAAGAACAGAACACCUGGCUACAACAACUGUUGGCCCCAUUUUCUGUUCAAAUGGGUGAACUAGUGCUGCUCGGUGGUGCAGCAGGGUUUGGUGAUAUAACUUGGCACCAUUAUAGUGGCACCAUAAAUGGUACAGCACCCCUUUACACACAUUUUGCCCCUUCAGUAAAUUGGCAAGAUAGAAGUGGAUGUAUUGCAAUGCGACAGGAUGGAUUCUGGGAUCUGGUCGAUUGUUUGUCCCCGAAGAGGCCCUUUGUCUGUGGGGUUUUCUUAAACAUAACCACUGAUAACAAUUCUACAGGUAAUGAUAGUAAUAACUCUGUCCCGACAACGCAGCCACCCACAGAAGUAGUUCCUGAUGAUACUCCUAAACCAACUAGACCUCCCGUACCAUAUCCACCAUUGGAAUGCUUGAAUGGGUGGUCACCAUACUACGACAAAUGUUAUCGCCUCUUUACAAUGUCAAGAGAAACAGAAGAAGAAGGUAUGAGUCAACAGGAAGCUAGACAAUACUGCGAGGCAAUAAAUCCUCAUAUUACCCUUACUGCAAUAUUAAACGAAAAUGAGGCUUUAUUUGUUGAUCAUCUAGUGCAAGAAUGGGCGAAAGAUCAUCUUGAGAGUUUAUCUGUAGUUCAAGUCUUUAUUGGUGGUAUUUUUACCUCAUAUGGUUCAGUAGGUGUAUGGUAUGAAGACUCCCUCUGGUAUGAUGAUAGGGAUUUUGCUCUUACUUUCCCUUCGAGUCCAACCUGGCCCACGCCUACUAAUAAUUUAUUCUCCAAUUGGGAUAUUGGGGAACCAAGUAUGUCUUUUGGCUGUGUUGCUGUCCUUCCCAAUAGCACAUGGCGUGCGGUGGAUUGUCGAUUAACCUUACCUUUUGUGUGCUCAUACCUUAACGAUGGAUCUGUUACCGUAGAGGAACCUACUGUGAUGCCGAAUGACACCUCGGAUUCUUCCGAGAAUGAGGAGACUACUACUAGUACUACUACUACGACCGCCGCUCCCACCCCACCGCCGAAUUUCUUAUGCAUGACGGACUGGACGUACUUUGCUCCUACUCACCGCUGCCAUCGUAUCUUCAACGACCGUAGUAUUGCCGCAGCGGAUCUCGAGCAGCAUUGUGAAGAUCUCCUCAUCGCCACAGCCGCCCCUGCCGACGCCGUGCAUGCCGCCACCAUCACAACCGUCGAGGAGAGCGCCUUCGCUGGUCGCCUCGUCGCUGCCGCCGGCCUCCCGCGGGCACUCAUCGGCGUAUCGUACACCGCCGGUGGACUCGCCGGGCUCUUUCUCGACGGCGUCACCGACUGGCGGCCGAACCUCGCGGCGAGUCUCUGGGCCCCCGGUCAACCCGCACGCGAGAGCGGCUGCGUCACCGUCGGACCAACAGGCGCCUGGGCACACAUUCCGUGCGGCGUACCCGUUCCAGCGUAUGCAUGUACGUACCACGCCGGUGACGUGCAGCCACUGCCGGAACCGCAGCCGCAGCCAGAGGAGACCCCCAUACCCGUCCCAACAACUUCCACCGAAGCCCCGGGGAGUGAGGAGCUGCCGCUGGAAACACGCAUCACUUCACUCGCAGGUGCAGGCCACUUGAUGGUGGCGGCCGGUACCGUAGGCAUCUACACCGUGGCAGGUAACGGUGGUCCGACAGAUGGACUCUUGCUGAUGUUUGCACCCGACCUUUCAGAGGAACUGGCAGGUGUUGGAUGGGGGAUGAAAACUGUACACCAAUCACCAUGUGGGAGUUACAAGAAAGAAGAGUAUAUUUUUCCUGUGAUGCAAGGAGUGGUGACGGUGUCUCACCCAAACGAGACGAUGCGGGGUCGCGUGUGUAUCUCCAAAGACGGAUUACGCUACGUACCCGCAGGUAAUAUAACCUUUGAAGUUGUGGAUGUGCUAUUGCGUGGUUUUAUUCCCCUUUCACCGGUGAUUGAAGAGGAAGAGGGAAAAGAGGCAGAAAUAGCUAAAACUAGGAUAAGUAAUACAUAUGAGAGCAAGAGAUCUGACGUGGAAAGUAAAGAGAUUGGAAUUUCAUUAGGAUCUACUGGUAUGUUGCAACCAGUAUUUUAUCAAGGUAGCUAUCAAACGACAGCCAAAAUUCGAUACUUCCGGUUUUCAUCUUCUGCAGAUUGUGAAAGUAGUCGUUACAAUCUUUUUGGAGAAAAUCUUACCCUUGUUCAAAAUGGAGAGAAACACCUCGUUAUUACAUACCAGGUUGCUGAUGUGGUUCCAGUUGACAAAAGUAAACUUGAGAGGUUACAUGAUCCUUCAUUUGAUGAAGAACAACCACCCACGGAGUUUUUCGUAUGCGUUUCUGUUUUUAAAAAUACUACCGAAGUUUCUAUGUCUUCUCUCACUAUGGAAGGAAAUGAUACCGAUAGCCCUUUACAAACUUCAUUCUUUAAUUCUAAUCAGGAUGAGGUAAACUACGAAAAAAAUGAGGAUAUAGAAGGCAUAACUACCCAGUCUAUCGAUGGAAAACCACUUUGGAUUUACACAGUAGUUCCAAAUAUACGAGUGUAUAUAACCCCACCACAUGUUGUGAUUCGUGGUAUGUGGGGUCUUUCUCCCGCUAUGCGUGAUGACAUUGAUACUACUAUUUUUCCGCUAUCUGUGGCAUCGAAAAAAUCAAUUGUUGUGCCUCAGUUCUCAUCACCUAUUAUUGUAUUUGAUAGUGAGGGAUUACGAGAGGGGAUGACAUUCUUGUUAUCUCAGAAAGUUGGGGAAUGUUCUCGUGAGCAGUUAGUGCUGCAUCGUGACCCAAGUAAUCCUUCAAUACCUGAUACAUUGGAUACGAUGAUUGCUAUUAGUACAUUGAAUGUAUCUACAAGAACAACUACAACUACUACAAGAACUGCAGAUAAUAAUACUGGUGUUACCCGUGACAAUUUUGUUGCAUUUAUUCAGUUGAAUUUAAAUCAUACAGGAAUGUGGGGUACAAACGUCAGUGAAGAUAUUCAAACAUGGCAGGUUUGUUUUGCAUAUACCCCACUCUCACGUUUUAUCCCUCUUUCAAAAAUGACUAUAGUAGUUCAGCGUGCCAAUAUUUCUUCUAUCACAGCUCAUGAUGGAAAUGACAACAGUGUGAGCAGUGACGUUUAUCGACAACUGAAAAUCGGUGUGGGUUUCAGUGGACUUUUAAAGUUGUGGGGUCUUGAAGUGAGUAUGUGGUCACCAAGCACAAUUAGUACUACCGAAAUUGCUUUUGCAAUGGCUCCCCCAGGAAAUGCAGCUAUUUCUGAUCCAAAGUUUCAAUGUAGUAACUCGUCUCUUUUCUACGGUGAUCGUACUUUUAACAUUGUUUUGCCGCGUAACACUGCUAUGGGUAUUGGUCGAACCUCAUUCACAGAAGAGAUAACACAUAAUGUAUUCCAGGAAGAUCAAAAUGAUAAUCAAGAAGCAGCUGCUGUUAUAAUUCCUCCGGGGUUUCUUCGGGAAGAAACUAUGCGCCGUAUGCGUGUUUGUUUAUCUUUGCCUUUGCCAUUUCAGAGUGACAGUCGUGUUUUCCAUCCUACCAGUGUUACUCUUGAUGUCCGACCUGUUGAAGUGCAUUUUAUCGGAUCCUAUGCGGCCAGUUUUCCUACUUCUGCAUCACAGGAUCGUUUGACGGUUGUAGAAGUUGCUGAAAAUGUGAAUGAUCUAGUGUUGCCAAUUACUGGCUACGGGUUAAGAGACGACAUGAUGUUAUUCCUUUCAGAGGAACGCUGUUACCCGAGACUUGGAGAGGGGGAUGGAAAUGAUGAGAGCGUGUGGGGAUAUGUAAACCGCAUUAGUCGUAUGAACUUUACAAUUAUGCGUUUUUACGACGUACCACCAAACUUCCAGCAAGUGGGAUCUUUGCAAGGUUCGGCUAAAGCGGGUGAUGUUUUUAUUACACUUAAUACCUCCCAUACGGCACCUAUGAUAGCAGAUCAUGUGUUUGGAACAUCCCGUAAUCCUCUUUUUAUGUGUCUCUUUGUACCAUCUACGCAUCGUGCGGUGUAUCCACUCCCAUUCAAGUUUGUUGUACGUCCACCUCGUGUGACUUCUAUUCGCAUGGCACACCAGUCCUCUGAACAGGAGGAGAAAGAGGAAAAUACCACCGUGGUAACAACAACUAAAGGAAGAAGUGAAUUACAAGAUUCACCAGUAUUGAUGUAUGCAUCAUUUGUUGAUCUUGUUGUAGAAGGGUUCGGAUUAAAUGAUGAAGAGACAGUUUUUGUACCCGCAGUUAAUUGCAGCAACGCUACAAGCUUUUUAUGGCGAAGUCCAGUCCGUACUUCAGGAGUUCCGUCAAUGGUAUCUAAUCCUUUUGGUAACUCUGCUCAUGAUUCAUCAUCCGUAUUGUCACGUUAUGUGAAUCCCCUGACUUCUAUGUCUUCGUGGUUUCUAUCACUCUCACAGGCGCACACGACACGUAUUGGAGCAAUAGAUCCAGGGAAUGGUAUUGUUGAUCGCUUCCAGUGGUGUGUGCGAUACAGAGAUGUUGAUGCGUUUGAGACUGGUCGUAGUAGCAGUAGUAGUAGUAGUAGUACUAAUAGUAAUAGUAGCAAUAAUUAUAAUCAAUAUGGUAAUAAUAUUGGAGAUCAUACAGGUGACCGCGCAUCCACGUUAGCAGAAGAUGAUUAUGAUUGGAGAAGAGGUUUCGUACCAACAGGCAUUCCAUGUCGCCUUGUCAUACCUCCCGCAGAUGGAUUUCUCUUCGGAAACAGUACGACAAAACACAUUACACUCAAAACACGUCACCCAACAUUAGGACAUUGGGAAAAGAUUCAACUGGUUGGCCCUCUUAUCGAUCAUACAACUGCAUUAGGGAAUCCACUAUUUAUGUUUCUUGCUGAAGAGCUUGUUCCAUGCAAAAAACUCAAAAAUUACUUUAUCAACACAAAUGAUUCAGAUCGUUUUAUUGUGUCGGUAAAUGGCUCCACUGUUAUUUUACCAAAAUUGUUGACCAAUACUGGAAGGUUUAAACUGUGUGCCAGUGCCAUUUAUCCUGAGCGACGCUCUUCAGAGGAGGGGACCGAAAUGGCGUUACAAUUUUUUGAACUUAAAGGAUUACGCAUAGAUUUGGUAGAACCUGUUUACGCGGUCUUUUCGUUGAACGGCUCUGAGUACGUUAACGUGGAGCAAGGACAAGAGUGGACCCUACCGAUAAGUGGAUCAAGUAUCUCUAACCGAUCUAUUGUACGGUUCCGGUCCCUAAACGCAAAUUGUAGCACUCCUAUGCCUGAUGGAUUGGAUGAUGUGAUUGUGCGUGAUGUCUUUGAAGGACUGAAACUUUUUGGUGAUAUUGUUUCGCCUUCAGAGCCAAAUGAAGGUGAAGGGGAGGUUGGCAGGCGUCAUUAUAUUGUACUGGAACGUGAUUUUAUUAGAGGACUUCCAAUACAGAAAUAUAAAUUAUGCUUCAAACCUGAUCGUUCCACAGAGUGGUUGACCUCUGGUGUAGUAUUAGAUGUACACGAGCAUGUUCGCCAUCCCACACGAUAUAAUUACUUUGCUGAUGAUGGAAGCGAGGAUAUUGUUUCUGUAACAGCACUUCCACCCACAAAAGUUGCGCUGGAAUGGCUCACACAGGAGAAGGAUACAACAAAUAUUGUGGGUGCUAUUGCCCGUGAAGUGGCAAUGGCACUCUGGUGUCGUGGUGGUGCUGUAACAACAGAGAGUAGAGAUAAUAAUAAUAAUAAUAAUAAUACGACAGUAGUAUCUUGUGGGAGUUGGAGGCGGGUGAUGUUCGUACGCCCCCUGGACGAUGACAGAAAUCCGUGUUUUGUGGAUUAUGAAGCUGUGCAGUCAGACAUUGUACGUGGUCCGUAUGUACUCAAUGACGGUAUUCUCACUAUUCCUCGUGAUGUAAGUCGAAACGUUAGUUUCUAUCCCAACACAACACAACCGUGGAUUAUGUGUCUGGAGACCGCACCAGAGAGAUGGCGGGAGCCAAUUAACCCUUUUGUACAAUUACAGUUUACACCACCAUUUCCAGUAGGGUUCCGUCAUCAACCUGAUGAUUCUAGCAACAGUUCUGCGACUUUCUUUAAACAGAUGAAUCCAGAAGUUAUCACAGAUGCUAACCGUAUUGAUGCGGAAGGUAAUACUACACUGUUUUUACAUAUGGAAGAUGCGAGUAAAGUAUUUUACUUGAAUGGUUAUGGUAUUCAGCGUGGUUUUAAGAUACGUUUUGGGUUACAUUGUGAUGAAAAAAUUAAUUCUCAAGAUUUAAAUGAAAAUCAAACAAUAGAAGAUGUAAUUUGGCGAAUGCAAGGUCUAAACAACACACUUCUCUAUCAAGUUCCGCUAACUAUUGAGGAUGAUCAUGGUGUAUUUCUUAUCCCUUCCACUCACUUCACCCAUUUAGAGGAGAAAACACCGAUGUGUCUUUCAAGUGAUAAUGGUACUUCUUACAUGAUGACAAAUCUUUCAUUAGUGGUGCUACCAUCACAAUUGCGGUAUGAUGUACCCCAAGAUGAGUCUCAUGUAUCUGAAGUUGCAUUUCAACACACACUCGUUGUUCCGCGCUUGAGUAAGGGAACAGUAAACCUUACCGAUAUUUAUAUUGACAACGGUAUUAAUAAAACAAAUAAUACCAAUUCUAAAAUUACUAUUUUUAAAGUUGGAACACGUGUAAUGUUAUCUUCUGUUUGUUAUGAAAAUCGUGAGCAACUUCCCAUAAUUAUUGUAACAACACCAAACUUAAUAACACUUACAGAAACACACACUAGUGUUGCUAAUAAAUACCGAUUGCAUAUAUGUAUUGGUACUGGAAAUAAUACAUAUAAAGAUAAUGAAAUAACUACUUUAGGAUUCCUACCGUCUGGUCUCUAUUUUCGUGUAUUAGAUGUUGCUGUGACAUCUAUUGCAUUACACAAGACUAUUCCAAACACUGUUGCAGAAGAAAAUGGUGUUCAUCAUCUUAUUGUUCGUCGCAGUACCGAGUCUAUGCUCCUCGAUGUUACGAUAGAGCGAAGUACAGCUGACGAGAAGACUAGUAGUAAUAACAUGAGAGAAGUAUCCACCUCUACGCCUAGCAUAGAAGAGCGAUAUAUCGAUAUGUUAGACACUCCUGGUGCAUUGGCACUUUUCCGUUUGGCAAAAUUCCGUCUAGGAAAACCUUGUGUUAUGCCAGAUCCAGAGGAGAAGGAAGCUACGGUUAAUCUUCUCACUGCUGUAACUGCUACCUUUGUAAAUGACACUUUAAGUGUAGCGACACAAGAUGGGACCUCGGUAGAAAAUGUUGUGUUGCCCCUUCAUACAGCGAAGACAGAGACAGUAGAACCUUGGGCAUCUUCCUCUUUGUGUUUCUCUGUAGAUGGCGGUCGUCAUUACCUUUCUGUUGGUAUUUCUUACGUUUCGGUGACAUGGGCGCCAACAUUACGUGUGCAGGUUCCUUUAAGGGACGAGGAUGAUGAUGAUAAUAAUAACGAUAAUGAAGAAGAAGAAGGAGAAAAAGAAAACUCUCUGGGAAGGGAAAUCAAAGGUGGUGAUUACCCAGUUCUCUCCACAGUUAUUCAUUUAUUUGAACAGGAAAGUCUUUAUGGUAAACUUGUGGAUAUACGUUACAAUGACUAUUCCUCUUCCAUUAAGGAUACACCACUAAAUCGAUACUUGGGUAGUUUUACAGCAGAUGCUCUUUGGUCUGGUUUCUUGGAGAAUGCUGGGUUUGCGGUUGGUGGUGAAGUUUAUCUCUCGGCUUCAAUGGUAGAGAAGAACGAAGAAAAAGAAGAAGGUGCCGAACUACGUUUUUCAGUGAACUACCGCCACCGAGAUAUUGCUACAGGAUUAACCAUGCAAGUAAAACCCAUGGCUCUUCGUUGUAUAGGGGAAGUACCAACUACUUUUCAGCAACUUCAUCCUCAGUCUAAUGGAUGGCUUCUACCCAUUGCGAAUCCAUGUGCCCGCAGUAUUCAGGCUGGUACAACUGUGAGACUUGUUGAUGUGAAUGCUGUUUCUUGUGAUGCCUCUGAAGUGUUUGACCACAAAUAUGUCUUUGAUGGUAUCUUGAUGAAACCACGAGAGUGGUCAGGUCUCAAGAUAACCCCAACGGCGGCGCUUCAACUUCCACCGGCUUUGCGUUACGUUCCAGAUGGACAAUACAAGGUCUGUGUGAAGAAAUAUAUUCCUUACCAUCUCGGUAAGGGGGUAAUUUUUAUGGAUACACCUUUGAAAAUAGAAAUAACUUCAUCUUUUAUUGUGAAUGAAGUUGGUUCAAUACAACAUGGAGCACUUGCUGCGUUUAUGGGGGCUGAGUCAAAUUUUGCAUUGCGUGGAUCUGUUGUACCUUUUAUAAAGGAUAUUCGUAUCGCCUUUGUACCGAUAAUAUUAACAAGAAAUAAUAUGAAUACUGUAGCUACAGAGUGUAGAAGAGGUCUUCAAUGGGGUUUAAAAAAUAAAAAUGCUAAUGCAACGUCCUUGCCAAUUCUGUGGAAAAGGUCCAAAUCUUUUUCUCUCCAUUUGGAUCCAGAAGAUCUUAUUUCUCUUAAGAAUCAUACUACAUACCGUGUAUGCUACAGCGUUGAUGGUGGUCUUAGCUUUCGUGAAGCUGGAGAUGCGCCACCAUUCCUGUUGAUGGUAAACCUUUAUCCUACUCUCUUGGGUAUGUUGACUACGAGGCAUAAUGUUUAUAAUCCUAAUAUGGUGACACCUUCUUCUUUGCGUCUGGAACGUUUCUUUACUCAUGACAUAUUAUCUAUUCCUGUUUCAUCAUAUACAUCACCUGCAAAAGUGGUUUUAUUUGAAGAUAGACCACCUAGCUACUAUUACAAUGCAAGUAUGUGUUUUGUUGGAAAUGGUAUUGGAAAAGGAAGUGGUCGUGGGGCAGCUGGUGCAGUAAAGGCAUUAGCUGUUGCAAUUCUUCGAACUGAUAUUUUUGGACAUGUCUGUAAUGGGAACAAUUUAACAUCUAUGAUUAAAGCAAAUGAGGAGGUACAUCCAAGCUGGGGUGAUUAUAUUCUCAAUCCAUUAGCACUUCCAGUGUUUGUUGUGAAUGCACGUAGCGGAUGCCUUUGGGAGUAUACUUCAGAUAAUAACACUAGUAACAGUAUGGGGAGUAAUGAUGAAGAUAGUAGUAGUAGUAGUAGUAGUAGUAGUAGUAGUAGUAGUAGUAGUGUGUUACGACAUGAUUGGUUGGCUCACACUGCCGCACUACGAGCCGCAGGAGGACUCAAUAUGCAGGCAAUAAUGCAGAGAGCGUCAACUGCAGAGGAGCGUUCUAGUCGGAAAUCCACUUCGUACCUUGUGUGUACAUCUAUAGAUGGUGUCCAUUUCUACAGUGCCAACACACCACUUCAGGAAGAGAACAAGAGCGAAAAUAGUACGUGGGAGCCGUUUCUCUCUUCACUGACAACUAAAAUACCACGUGAAGCGGCAGCACCAUUAGAGAAUGUUAGUCGUCUACCUCUCGUAAUACGUCUAGAUGAAGACAUCAGCGGUUCAUACUAUGUACGUGAUUUGGCUGUUAUUGUUACUCUUGUCGUACGCCCGAAUCUGAUGACUGUUCAUGACUCUGUGCGAUUGGAGGGAACCCAAGAAGCACUUGAGCGCUUUCAGAGAAAAAUUGCACAACUACUAGAGGUGGAUCCCACUAUCGUUGUGGUGCGCUUAGAAGAUCGUGGUGUGGUCUCUGCUUUAAUCAACGCUAGGGAUGAAGAAUGGGUGAAAUACCCAACCUACACACUUUCUCUGUCCCUCCUGACAGACGUGCGUUCUUCUACUAACGAUUUAAGCGCAGAGGAACAAACAAAAGAUAUCACACCGUUGCCAGAGUUGCUGCUACGUUACGUUAAGUUGCUGGGUGACAACAAUACACAGAAUUCUCUCUUCUCAACUCUGCUGAAUCCUGGUGUUUAUGAGAGGGGGCUCGCUAGGGUGUGGGCACCGUAUGUGAACUUUACUUUUGGCACUGGGGAUGAUUUGCAUGCAGCACUUCUGCAUCAUAAGAGCAAAUUACCUAAAAUGCCCGUCGAGGAGUUGGCAUGGCGAACCCGCUUUGCCGCCGUCCCACACGACACCCUCGUCGCUGAUAACAUCCCUGAUGAGUCAUCAAAAGACUCAACAGCAGGAAUACCCUUCUGGACACUGUUACUACUUAUUGUGCUGCCUGUCGGCCUCAUUGUGGGAUUAAUACUUGGAUGCAGGCAGCGCGUUCAGUUCCAACAACCAGGGAAGGAUCAGGGAAGGAAACGACAAGGGCAGGCAGAGCGACAAAAUGGCCACCAUUGA